AGGGACAGCAGAGCGCGCGGAGGAGGAAAGGAGGACAGAUCGGAGGAUGCUGCUGUGACACGCGGAGCUCCUUACACCUUGCAGAAGGAGCGCGCGCGCAGACCGGGGGCUCCUCUUCUGUGACUUUGGUCGUGCCUCCACCCCUCCCCGUGGACGCGGCUCUCCGUCGCCAUGCCGCCCCGGCCCCGAAGCGCCCUCCUCCCCGCGCUGCUGUGGCUCGCGCUGCUCUGGAGCGUCUCCGCAGGAGAUGAGGAAGCUGUCACAGCCUCAACCUCCAUCCGACCACCAGGGGAGGACGUCUCCAGAGGCAGAAGUGCGAGCCCGGCAGCCGGUUCAUCGCGCUCGGUCCUGCCCCAAAAACGGCGCCCCGCGCCCCAGAAAGGGGACGUCGCCCCAUCUGCUCUGCCCCAGAAUCUGCUCCCUCUCCUGGGCAGAGGACUGACUGUUAGCUCCCUCCACGGGAGUCACGCUCCAGAGCUGCAGAAAAACGAGGUGAAGCCGCCGGAAUCAGCCGCAGCGCCGGGCCAAGGCCGCCGUCUGACCCCUCCCACGGACGCAAACUUCCAGCCGCCUCGCACACAGACCCCGCCCCUCGAGCUGGAGGCUGACAGCACCAUGGAGAGCUCCAUGCUGGACGGGGAUGCACUUUCAGCAGCCGCGUCCAGCUGCAUGCUGAAUUUCACCGAGCCGGAGGGCUUCAUCGACUCUGCGGACAACCCCCCCCUGCCCGACGGCGUCCUCCUGCACUGCACCUACACUGUGACGGUGUACACGGGCUACGGCGUGGAGCUGCAGGUGAAGAGCGUGAACCUGUCCGACAGCGAGCAGCUGUCCAUCAGGGGCGUGGACGAGCGAGGCGCCUCGCUGGUUCUGGCCAAUCACACGCUGCUGGUGGAGGGUCAGGUCAUCCGCAGUCCCACCAACACUCUGUCGGUUUCCUACCGCUCUGCGGCGGAGGGGAGCCUGGGCCUGUUCCAGCUGCACUACCAGAUUUUCAGGCUGAGCUGCCCUCUCCCAAAGAGGCCUCACUUUGGGGAGGUGUCGGUGCUGGACCUGCUCCCCGGUGGCAUCGCCCGCUUCCACUGCCACAUGGGUUACCACCUGGAGGGGGCGCACCUUCUCACCUGCCUCAACGCCUCCCUGCCAACCUGGAGCGGCAAAGAGCCCACCUGCAGAGCUUUGUGUGGGGGCACAGUGAAGAACGCCACCAUAGGGAGGGUGUUGUCCCCCUCUCCCCACCACGGACCCAACGCCACAUUGGACCGGUCCUGCUCCUGGUCCCUGGAGGCCCCAAAAGACCAGAGGCUGCACCUCCACCUGGAGAGACUGCUUUUGGGGCCGACUGACAGGCUGGUGUUGUGGAGCGGCCUGGACGCCGGCUCGGUGGUUCUGUUUGACUCGGCCCGUGGGGGUCAGAUCCCCUUUGAGGGUGUGAUCAGUGAGGGCCCGGCUGUGCGGAUCCAAUUCAUCACCGAUCAGCCCAACCCUAACACAGGAUUCAACAUCCGCUACGAAGCUUUUGAGCGGGGCCACUGCUACGAGCCGUACCUGCAGAACGGAAACUUCACGACCACUGACCCCCUGUACGGGGUUGGAGCUGUCAUCCAGUUCACCUGUGACCCAGGCCACUCUCUGGAACAGGGCCCCCCUGUAAUUGAGUGCAUUAGCGCCCGGGACCCGUACUGGAACGACACAGAACCCAUCUGCAAAGCCCAGUGUGGGGGGGACCUGACCGGACCUGGGGGCGUGAUUCUGUCCCCUAACUGGCCCGAGUGGUACGGCGAAGGCGAGGACUGCAGCUGGAGGGUUCAUGUGGAGGAGGACAAGCGAGUGCUGCUGGAUGUUCAGCUGCUGAACAUCAGCGACAGCGACAUGCUGACCAUCACUGACGGCGACGAGGUCGCCACCCGGAUCUUGGGCCGCUACGUCGGAGGCAGCGGUCCCUUCAAGCUCUCCUCCACCAGCCCGGACCUGACCAUCACCUUCCACUCCGACCCGGCGGGCCUCGUCUUUGGCAAAGGCGAAGGCUUUAUCAUCAACUACAUGGAGGUUUCCAGGAACGACUCCUGCCCGGACCUGCCCGAGAUCCAGAACGGCUGGAAGACCACGUCCCACGUCGCCCUGGUGCGAGGAGCCCGGAUCACCUACCAGUGCGACCCCGGUUACGACCUGGUGGGGCGGGAGACCCUGACCUGCCAGCUGGACCUGUCCUGGAGCUCGCAGCCGCCGUUCUGCGAAAAGAUCAUGUACUGUUCAGAUCCGGGUCACGUAGAGCACGCCUCCAGGACGCUGUCCGACCCCAAACUACUGGUGGGAACCACCAUCCAGUACAGCUGCAACGCCGGAUUCAUCCUUCAGGGCGGCGCCACCAUUACCUGCUAUGGCCGUGAGCCUGGCACGCCGGUGUGGACGUCUCGACUUCCCCACUGUGUUUCGGAGGAUUUGGUUUCCUGUGAGAACCCGGGUCUUCCUGAAAACGGCUACCAGAUCCUGUCCAAGCGGCUGUACCUGCCGGGCGAAUCGCUCACCUUCGUCUGUUACCAAGGUUACGAGCUCAUAGGGGAGGUCGCAAUUAAAUGCAUUCUCGGGAGCCCAUCGUUCUGGAGCGGCCCGCUUCCUCUCUGCAGAGCCAACCAUGACUGCUUUGGCAACCAUGCUUUGGAAGUUGCAGAAGCAACGGCAGGUUCUCCUCUGGAUGGAGGAAACGUAGCUCUGGCCAUCUUCAUCCUGGUCCUGCUGCUGUCUGUACUGCUGGGAGGGGCUUACGUCUACGUCACACGGUGCCGAUAUCACUCCAACCUGAGGUUGCCUCUCAUCUAUCCCCAUCCGUACCGACAGAUCACUGUAGAAACAGAGUUUGACAACCCGCUGUACGAGACAGGAGGGCAUGACACCAGAGAGUAUGAAGUUUCAAUAUGAGAAGCCUCCAAAGGACAUUUCUGAACCGACAGACCCGCGCUCACCCUCCAUCUGCCCCACCCGCCCCGCUCCGGCCAGGAGGAGGCAUUGUAAAUACAAACGAUGAUGUCCUGCCCCUUCUGCUGCGAGGAGACGCAGACACUGAUCCUGUUCUCCAUCCCUUGAUGCGAAAGCUUUUCUACACCUAAAUGGGAGAGAUGGAACAAAGAGGAUCCAGGCGUUAGACAGAGACAGACCAGAGAGGGGGUGAUGGGAGAUGAAGGAUGGACUACAAAAUACCCAAAGAUCAUCUGCUGACUGACAUGGUGGAGAAAGAGAAGUGAGAUGACAUUGCUGGGGGGGGGGGGGGUCAGGGUUUGGUCCAUCUCCUUCAGGUCUACAAUCUUGUCCCUGGUGUCCUUUGACAGCUCUUUGGUCUUGGUGAUGGUGGAGAGGCUGCAGUCUGACUCUUUAAGGCUACGUUCAUAACGGCCUUGUGAAGGUGCGUUCAAGAACACGCCAAACCCACAUUCUCGAACACUGGACAAGCAGGGAGGGGCUUCUUCUUCGUUUUUCUUUCUCUACUGUUUACUGGUGCAUGUCCGCCAUCUACAGCUGGAAGAGUCUUGGUGUGAAAUGUUGAAGCGGUGUAAAUCUGGCAAAUCUUGCUCCAGUCUUUCUCUGUCACAGCUCUGUUCCGACACAUGAAGGACUUGGUGUCGUAGAAUUCCAGCCGGACACAAACCGCAGUCAUGAAUUUCUCCUCCAUGAUCAAUUUUCAAACGAUUGCCACCUUCGUGAAUGAAUAUGAACGCCAUCCAAAUGUCACGACCAGAUCCAAGUCCCUGAUUAGUCAGAGUUCAACCUGGUUUGACUUUCAAGAUACGUUCAAGGGAUGCCACUUUUGUACGUAGAACCCGAGAACGGUCAUAGAAAUUUGCGUAGCUACACUAGAACGUGAUAGCGGUUGCCUGAACGCGCGUUGCAGUGGGCGGUGUGAACCUACUGUAGCUGGGGGGUGUGGACUAGUGUCUUUAAUACCAAUAACCAGGAAGCAGGAGGGAACUUCUGAUCGAGUUGGAGGACAAGUCAACACACACGUGUGCCAAAUUAAAUAACCAGUAGCAUGCCAUUGUACCCGCUGUAAUUGGGCUGUUUGAACUCGAAUCUUGUCAGUGGAGGAGUUUAAAUAUCUGGGGGUCUUGUUCACGAGAGAGGGAAGACCGGAGCGUCAGACUGACAGGCGGAUCGGAGCAGAGUCCGCCGUUAUGCGGUCGCUGUAUCGGUCCAUUGUGGUGAAGAGAAAGCUGAGCCAGAAAACAAAGCUCUCAACUUACCGGUCUAUCUCAAGUCCAAUUCUCACAUGACCUCUGACCAAAAGAACGAGGUCCCGAAUACAAGCAGCUGAAAUGAGCAUCUAGUCUGGAUGCCUCCCAUGUCCCACUGGGUGGAGGCCCCGGGGAAGAUCCACUGGAGAGACAUACUCUCUCCAGCGUGUCCUGGGAACACUGGUUGAGCUAGAGAAAGUGGCCGGGAAGAAGGAAGUCUAGGCAUUUUUGGUUAGACUGCUUCCCCCGCGACCCGGUCCCGGGAUAAGCGGAGGAAGAUGGAUGGAUUGGUGGACUUGAAUCUUCUUUAUGUCUAAAUCAUCAACCACCAUAGCAAAGUGAAACCACUUUGCUGUAUUUGAAUCUGUUCACCAGGAGGCCCUGAAUGCAACUGACCCUGAAUUUGCCAGGGCCAUGUUAUGAGGAACAGUUUGUUGUCUGAACUGAUUUGCAAUCGAGCAUAACAAACUUUUCUGAUAGUAGAUACGAACGAUUGACUUUAAAGUUGUGGAGGUGCCACCAUGUUCAAACAUAUCAUCUCUGGAAUUCCAAUGAAAAGAAUGAAAACUCACCACAGUGAGAUGGAACGUGUCCUGUCCCAGAACCCCCUCCUGCCUGCAGUCCCUUUCCAAGUUCUUCCCCGGCCGUUUUCCUUCUGGCUUCAGCUGCAGCUGAGCGGCUCGAAGCCCCACAGCUCUGUGGUCUCAUUUCUCUUUCGUGAAGUUACGCUGAGCGUGCUAGAAGCAGUGCCAAAGGUCUGGACCGGUCACGAUGGAGCUGAAGAACAUGCAUUGUUGCAGAUGUGAAUAACGUAGCUGUAGUUUAAUGAUCGAUAUUCAAGUGCGAGCUCGGUCAACCCACCAGAUAAUGUAUUUAUUUUGAUGUACUGUAUAUGUGACGUUUUAUGCAGAUUGAUAAAUGUACAUUUUCAUUUAAGGCGACAAAUGUUAACAGUUUGACUAAAUAAGUUGUAAAACUUCAAUAAAAAGUGUAAAAAACUU